AUGGCAGACCGAUACUUCCCGAAUGAACUUCCGGAUUACAAGUCUGAUGCUAAAACCAUGGAAGAAGAAUCAGCCUCCAGGGAAGCCAAGGACUCACUCACAAAGCUUCUGCGACUCCCCUACCCAUCCCUCUCCGAAAGGCUAAAAAUUGCAGCUUUGGACAUCAAGAAAAAGGUGGUGAACGAGACGUGGGUAGGUAGAAGAAAGCGUGUCACCGAUUAUACACUUUACACUGGUGUAUUGGGAACUGCCUUCUUGCUGUUUAAAGCUUAUCAAGUUACCAAUGAUAAGAGGGACCUUGCUAUUUCCUCUGAGAUCAUUAAGGCUUGUGAUUCUGCUGCCAGUGAAUCAAGUCGGGUGACGUUCAUAUGUGGGAGAGCCGGUGUUUGUGCUCUUGGAGCUGUUGUGGCUAAGCACAUUGGUGAUGAUCGGUUAUGUGAGCACUAUCUAAAUGAAUUUGAGAAGAUCAAGCUUACCAAUGAGCUUCCAAAUGAACUGUUAUAUGGAAGAGCUGGUUUCCUGUGGGCAUGUGCAUUUCUGAAUAAAAAUCUUGGACCAGAAACCAUUACAUCUACCCAAAUGAGAGCUGUUGUAGAUGAAAUUAUCAACUAUGGCAGGCAAUUGGCUACCAGAGGAUGUCCGUUGAUGUACGAAUGGCAUGGGAAGAAAUACUGGGGAGCUGCACAUGGACUUGCUGGAAUCAUGCAUGUGUUGAUGGAUAUGGAUCUGCAGCCAGAUGAGAUUCAAGAUGUCAAGGGCACGCUUCAUUACAUGAUCAAGAAUCGGUUUCCUAGUGGAAAUUAUCCUUCUAGUGAAGGAAGUGAAAGAGACCGUCUUGUGCAUUGGUGCCAUGGAGCCACUGGUGUUGCUCUUGCACUUGCUAAAGCAUCCGAGGUAUUUGACAGCAAGGAGUUUCUGCAAGCUGCUAUUGAAGCUGGGGAGGUGGUUUGGCAUCGUGGUUUACUCAAGCGAGUUGGUCUGUGUCAUGGUAUCAGUGGAAACACCUAUGUUUUCCUUUCACUUCACAGAUUAACAGGUAGACCAGAAUACUUGCACAGGGCCAGGGCUUUUGCCUGCUUUUUGCACGAUAGAGCUGAAACUUUAAUAUCAGAGGGUAUCAUGCACGGAGGUGAUCGCCCCUGUUCGCUUGUUGAAGGCAUUGGAGGAAUGGCCUAUCUGUUCCUAGAUAUGAAUGAACCCAAUGGUGCAAGGUUUCCUGGUUACGAACUCUAG